AAUAGGAGUGUUGCUGCAGUACGGAUUGUCUUGUAGUUGUGUUCGGGUGCUCUACUAUGCUAUGUUUAAGCCUGCUAGCAAGAACCUUGUGAAAUCAUACCGGUAUUCUAGUGACAUGUUCCUGCGCUCUGAACGCCAAGCCUGACACUUUCUCGUUAUUGGACCUUGUGUUUACAAUUAUUCUACCACUACAAAGGAAAGAUAAAGACUCACCAGGCCGUUUGUACAAUUGUAUCCCAAAUGGGUUUUCCAACUAGCUCCUAGACCGGAUGCGGCGCAAACGUCCUUCUUCCCGAAUGGCUUUGAGGCUUAUUUCUUUGCUAGCAGUCCUAGCUUCCUUGCUACUGGCGCGGCGUUGCCGAUCAGAUGCGCUGAGCACUCCGAACUCUUCUAUAGUACCUCAUCACCAUGCUUGUCACCUAUCUUUACUGGUUGACGAAAACCCGGAACCACAAGGCAACCCAGGAAUGCUGCCUUGCGUGUCCAGCGACGCCGAGCUCCAGGACUUGUACAACGAGACCAUGGAUUUAGACUUUGCAAACUGGAAGGAUUACGUCCCGCUGAACAGGACGCACAUAGAUAAGUUCAUGGACCGCUGGAAGGGCUACGGCUGGCACCAGCAGAGCAUGAUCCUCAUUAAGGACAACAAGUGGUACUUCCCGUUCCACUACCACUGGAAUCACACGCAGAAGACGCCCGACCACUACGAGGACGGCAUCACGCUGUGGGUGACGGCCACGCAGUACUACUUCCAGAGGUUCGCAUCGGAGAUACAGUUCCCGGAUGCGUUCUUCUUCCUGAGUGACCAGGACUCGGGCUGGUGCCAGAGCAUGUUCGACUGCCCCAUUCCGGCCAUGUCGAUUGCUAAAAGGGGCCCAGACAAGUUGGACCUCCUGUUCCCCUUCAUGGUCACCUCUGACCUUCCGCUCUACAACUUCCCCUUCCAACUCAAACACGACCGCGCAUUCUUCGUGGGCCGACCCAACUGGGGUGGCAGCCCCAAGACCUUCAUGGUCAACGGCAAGCCGGAGAUGUUCUUCGGUCGCAAGCACCUGGCCAACCUGAGCAUGAGCUGCCCGGAGGAGGUCUACUGCGCCCUGCUGGGGGACCCCAACCUGGUGCCGGGGGCGCGCUGGGUGACGGAGGAGACGCCGCUGAGGGAGCAUGCGCGAUGGCGUUACGUCAUGAAUUUGGAUGGCGUCACAUACGCGGGCCGACUCGCGAGGCUCAUGCACACCGACUCGGUAAUCCUCAAAGAGCAGUCCGAGUGGGUCGAGUACUACUAUCGCGCCUUGAAGGAGGGCACGCACUACCUGUCCAUCUUCAAGAAUGGGCCGAAUGACGUACUAGACGUUGUACGGCAAUGGCGUGACCGGCCGCGGGAUCUACAGCAUAUAGCCUUUAACUCCCAGGCGUUUGCCAAGCGAUAUCUGUGUCCCAAGGCCCGAAUGCUUUACUUUAAGCGGAUGCUGGAAAGGUACAUGGAGAUGUUCAACGGGCACGACGGGCGCAAUGCGAUGAAGGACUUCGUUAAUGAGGUCCUCAUGCCGAUCAUAGAGGCGAGGAAGAACGGUGAUAUGAGCAAGACGUACUUUGACAUGAAACCCUACAAGCCGUAGUGCACCGGUUUGAAGAUACCGGUUCCGUAUGGCAGUAAUGUGUGUGUUCGGUUGGCGCGCGUGCCGGUGUGCGGCACUCUGGUAUUCAUCUCGUGAUACUCCCUGCCGUUUACCUUCUUGUUUUGUGCUCGUCGAGGCAUUCAUUAUGGUGUCGCUGCUAACACAACUCAUGUACAGUGGGUCUUGAGAGUCUUAAGUUAGGGCUUCUGCUGUCAGCGUGUUAUAGGCCUUGCUCUGGAGUACUUCGCCUUUUGCGCCCCAAAGCGGCAAGGAUCUGCUGCAAAUACGUGUGGAGCAGGUAGGGAUGGAGCAGUGGAUUGCAAUCUGGAACAACGGAAAGUGGUGGCCGCACGCGGUAGGAAGCUUUGCGGGUACCGCGUUCGAAUGCGUUUAGCGCCGGCCUGACUUGCCUAGUGUGGAUAUGGUAGGAGGCAGCGGUGGAUAGGGUAGAAAGCAGCGGUGGACAAGGUGGGAAGGAGCGGUGGAUAGGGUAGGAAGUUUGAAAAGGUGGCGUCCAGCAAGAGGGCGUGUGGAGGCGGUGGGGGUGUGGCAGACGGCAUAGGGCAGGGUGUGUUUUGUCGCGCACAUCCUGACUCGCUUCCCCCAUCCUCUCAGUCAAGUGAGGAGUGCGGUGCGCAGGUAACGAGUUGGAGUUUGCGGAGUCGGAUGGGUUGGAGGAGGCAGCAGGAUUGGAGGAGGCGCCGUGGCGUUUGCAACACAGGCGGGUUCCAAAUGAGAUGAGAGGGGCUGCAAAAGCGCACGGCUUUGUCGGUGUGGCAUACCGUGC